CUCCAACCACACACACCGCGCACACACACACACACACACACCCGGGGAAAAAAAGGAGCUGCGCGAUAUAUACAGUCCGCAAGCCUUUGAGCAAACCACCUUCCUCCCCUCAAAGGCAACGUCCUUCGCCAUGGCCUCCGAGAAGCGCCAGCAGGGCGCCGAGCUCGAGAGUGACAUUACUUUCAUUGCUACCCCUGCGGCCCAGCCCUCCAAGUUCAGGACGAACGAGGACUGCGGUGUCAAGACGACCAACUACCCUACCAUCAACAACCCUCCCCUUCCCGCCGAAGGCCCUGGCAAUGAGUCUUUCUCCAACUACCUUCUCGGAGCUGUCCUGCUGGGUGUUCCUUUCUGGAUCACCCGCGUCUUCGGCGGCGGCCUGAAGACCUUCGUUUUCUUCUUCGUCCUCUUGGCCGUCCCCCUGCUCGUUGGCUUCUGGUACAUCUCCACGAGGUUCGCCCCGCGCAUCAACGACAAGGCCAAGCUCCCCGGCCGCCCUGUCGAGCACUACAUCACUUUCAAGAACCAGGAGGACCGCCAGCGAUGGAGCGGUCGCAACAAGAUUCCCAUCCAGACCUUCGCUGAGAUGUACACCGAGGGCCUCGUCGACGUCAACGGCGACCUCCUCGACGCCCUCGAGUACCGCCACGACUGGUCCAACUUUGCCUUCACCUGGUCCCUCUUCUACUUCAUCUUCUUUGAGUUCGCCCCCGACGUGCUGUUCCACUCGCGUCAGCAGGACGAGGACCAGAUCCGUCCCACCUACGACAAGGGCAACGACCACUACUCGUACUUCCUCGGCCCCCGCAUGGUCUACACCAGCGGUAUCUUCUCCGACAUUGAGCGUGAGGAGACGCUCGAGGAGAUGCAGGACAACAAGAUGGCUAUUGUUUGCGAGAAGCUCGGCCUCAAGGAGGGCGAGACCAUGCUCGACAUCGGCUGCGGAUGGGGCACCCUCGCCAAGUUCGCCAGCGUCAACUACGGCGCCCACGUUACCGGAGCCACCAUCGCCACCAACCAGGCCGCCUGGGGCAACGACGCCCUCCGCCGCGCCGGCAUCCCCGAGACCCAGAGCAGGAUCCUCUGCAUGGACUACCGCGACAUCCCCACCAAGAAGUUCAACAAGAUCUCCCAGAUCGAGAUGGGCGAGCACGUCGGCAUCCGCAGGCUCACCACCUUCUUCCGCCAAUGCUACGACAUGCUCGAGGACGACGGUGCCAUGUACGUCCAGCUCUCCGGUCUGCGCAAGGCCUGGCAGUACGAGGACUUCAUCUGGGGUCUGUACCUGAACAAGCACAUCUUCCCCGGCGCCGACGCCUCCACCCCGCUCGCCAACUACGUCGGCUGCCUCGAGAGCGCCGGAUGGGAGAUCAAGAGCAUCGACACCGUCGGCGUCCACUACUCCGGCACCCUCUGGCGCUGGUACCGUAACUGGCUCGGCAACUCCGAGACCGUCAACGCCAAGUACGGCCAGAAGUGGUACCGCAUCUGGGAGCUCUUCCUGGCGUGGUCCGUCAUCGCUUCCCGCCAGGGCAGCGCCACCUGCUUCCAGUUCGUCGUCGUCAAGAACCUGAACGCCAACCACCGCAUCGACGGCGUCGCCAGCCAGUACGGCCUCUCCGGCGCCCUCGCCGCCGCCAAGGCUGCCGGCAAGGCCACCUUCCCCAAAUAAGCGCCGCGCAUGCGCAUGCGCUUCAUCUGCGGGGACCACGUGGCGUGGCCCGGGGCAGCAUGUGUUUCACGAAGGGAACGAAUGCCCCCUCCUUCUCCCUUCCACACCGGCUUAUUUUUCUUUACUUUUUUCGGGGGGGGGGGGGGUGGCGGCGCC